AUGUCCCUACAGAUGUUAACAGUCAGUAAUAACAUAACCUUAAUCCAACCGGGUUUUUCACUGAUGAAUUUUGAUGGGCAAGUUUUCUUCUUCGGUCAAAAAGGCUGGCCCAAGAGAUCCUGUCCCACCGGAGUGUUCCAUUUUGAUAUAAAGCAAAACCAUGUCAAACUGAAGCCUGCAGUUUUCUCUAAGGAUUCCUGCUACCUACCACCUCUUCGAUACCCAGCCAUUUGCAGAGUCAAAGGCAGCUCAGAGUCUGAAAAGACUCAAUACAUUAUUCAUGGAGGGAAAACGCCAAACAACGAGCUUUCUGAUAAGAUAUAUGUUAUGUCUGUUGUUGGCAGAAAUAACAAGAAAGUUACUUUUCGCUGUACAGAGAAAGAGUUGGUAGGAGAUGUUCCUGAAGCUAGAUAUGGUCAUUCCAUUGAUGUGGUGUAUAGUCGAGGGAAAAGUAUGGGUGUUCUCUUUGGAGGACGGUCAUACAUGCCUUCUGCUCAAAGAAUCACAGAAAAAUGGAACAGUGUAGCUGACUGCCUGCCCCAUAUUUUCUUGGUGGAUUUUGAAUUUGGGUGUUCAACAACAUACAUUCUUCCAGAAAUUCAGGAUGGACUAUCUUUUCAUGUCUCAAUUGCCAGAAAUGAUACAGUUUAUAUUUUAGGAGGACAUUCAAUUGCCAAUAACAUCCGCCCUGCUAACCUGUACAAAAUAAGGGUGGAUCUCCCUUUGGGGACCCCAGCUGUCAAUUGCACUGUCUUGCCUGGAGGAAUCUCUGUCUCCAGUGCAAUACUAACCCAAAUAAAUAAUGAUGAAUUUGUCAUUGUUGGUGGUUAUCAGCUGGAAAAUCAGAAAAGAAUGGUCUGCAACAUAGUGUCUUUGGAGGAAAACAAGAUAGAAAUUCGUGAGAUGGAAACCCCAGAUUGGGCCCCAGAUAUUAAACACAGCAAGUUAUGGUUUGGAAGCAACAUGGGAAAUGGAACUGUUUUCCUUGGAAUACCCGGAGACAACAAACAGGCUGUUUCAGAAGUAUACUAUUUCCAUAUGUUGAAAUUUGCUGAAGAUGAUGUGAAUGAAGAUCAGAAAACAUUCACAAAUAGUCAGACAUCAACAGACGACCCCGGGGAUUCCACACCCUUUGAAGACUCAGAAGAAUUUUGUUUCAGUACAGAAGCAACUAGUUUUGAUGGUGAUGAUGAAUUUGAUACCUAUAAUGAAGAUGAUGAAGAAGAUGAAUCUGAGACAGGCUACUGGAUUACGUGCUGCCAUACUUGUGAUGUGGAUAUCAACACUUGGGUACCAUUUUAUUCAACUGAGCUCAACAAACCUGCCAUGAUCUACUGCUCUCAUGGAGAUGGACACUGGGUUCAUGCUCAGUGCAUGGGUCUGGCAGAACGCACACUUAUCCAUCUGUCAGAAGGCAGUAACAAGUAUUACUGCAAUGAACAUGUGGAGAUAGCUAGAUCACUGCAAACUCCCAAAAGAGGCCUACCAAUAAAAAAGACUCCCCUGAAAGCGCUCCAUAAAAAAAGUUCUGGGAAAAUCUUUACUCCUGCCAAGAAAUCCUUUCUUAGGCGGUUGUUUGAUUAG